GAACCUUCCAGAUGUCACAGCAGAGGAUUUUUCAAAAGUUCACCUUCAUCAGUUCAAGUGGAUCCACUGGGAGGGCCGAAACGCAGAGGAGCAGGUGAAGAUGAUCCAGCAGGUAGAGCGAUAUAACAGCAUGUUGCCACAGCAACAGAAGAUCACCAUUUCCGUGGAGAUAGAGAAGACCAGAGAGCCGCUGUACCAGCUGUUUCCUCAUGGCGAUGUGGUGUUUGUCAGUAAGGACGUUGCUCGUGAUUUUGGGUUUGAGUCAGCUGAAGCUGCCCUGAAAGGACUUUACAGUCGAGUCAAACAGGGGGCCAUCCUGAUCUGUGCCUGGGCAGAAAAAGGAGCUGAUGCUUUGGGUCCUGAUGGUGUGAUCAUUCAUUCUGAUGCAUUUCCUCCUGAAAGUCUUGUUGAUACGCUUGGAGCUGGGGACACCUUCAACGCUGCUGUCAUCUACACACUGUCCAAGGGUGGAAGUUUGCAAGAUGCCCUAACCUUUGGCUGCAGGGUUGCUGGCAGGAAGUGUGGUUUCCAUGGUUAUGACAGCAUCAGCAAAGUCUUCGAUGACAUGCAACCACAAAGUUUGUUUUAGGGAAACCCAGUCCACAAAAGCACAUGACCACAUGAAAAACAAUGUGUAAACAUGAACAUGUGUGUUAACGUGAAAGUGUUUGAAGGCACAACUGAAAUUUUAUCUAAUUUUCAGUUUAAGGAAAAUCAUCUGUGGUAUAAGGGAUCUGCAUAAUUACAAUCAGUAACUGACAUUUAACAUCCAUUAGUUCCUUCAUUCACAGAUCAAUAACUGGAUUAUUGUUCAAUAAAUUAUUAACUGAAGUGAAAGAAGCAAAUGUUUCUUUGGAGUGUUUUUACUUGGUGGAAUUAAAUCUCACUGAUCAGUGAUCGGGUUGAUUGUUUUUGUCCUGAUAGUUUGUUUUUCAUUAAAACAAUUACGACUCGAUG